AUGACGCGUAUUUUAAGUUACACGCUAGGAGAACGAAGUAAUCUUGAGGUUAAUCAGAUAAGAAGUCGAAAAGAUCGUUUAAAAGAGUUGUUUGAUGCUUUCGAGGAAGUUCAGUCGUCAAUUGAAGAAGAGAGUGGAGUAUCGGAGGAUAGUGAAAAGUACCGCAUCGAAGUCGAAGAUGUUUAUUAUAAAGCUAUGGCGAAUUGUGAUAAAAUUAUAAAGGAAGAGGAACCAGAGCAAAGCAUCAGUUAUUCACGUGCAAAUAGUGAAAUCCAGAGCAAUAGUAGUGCGAGUAGUAACCAAGUAGCACCCGUGAAAUUAGCUGCGUUGCAAAUACCAAAAUUUACAGGCUUAUAUUCAGAAUGGGCAACCUUUUAUGACAUUUUCACAGCAUUUGUACACAAUAAUAGGGAUAUAUCGGAAAUACAAAAAAUUUUCUAUUUGCGUGAAGCACUCGAAGGUGAUGCCGAAAAAUGUUUGCAAUGUUUAGGAACAACAGCCGAAAAUUAUAGAAUCGCAUGGCAAACCUUAGUAUCGCGUUAUAACAAUAAAAAAGUGUUUAUUCAAAAUCAUACUAAGGCGUUGUAUGGGUUACCUGCUAUCACGUCAGAAUCGUCAUUUCAAUUGCGUCAAUUAAUCGAUGGGCUAAACGGUCAUAUAAAUGCUCUUCAAAUGUUAGGUCAGCAACCUAAAUUGUGGGGUUCAUUGCUAAUUCAUUUAAUUACGAUUAAACUUGACAAAGAAUGCCUGCGCGAAUGGUAA